UUUUCACCUGACCUAACUUCGUUCACAUACAUGUAGUCUUCUAUUGACUUUCAAUCCUCUUCUCUCCAGAGUACACCUCCACCUCUCUUCCGCCCUCUUCCUACUCUCACCGCAGAUCACAGUGUCUACUGGACACAGCUCCACCUUGGACCCAUCUGCCACUCAUCUCUCCCACUUUCAACUUUCUCAUGCAGUACCACAGCUCCUCUCUUGAUACCCUAUUAUAUGUAGUUUCCACAAAGAGAAAGAACUUCUCAAAAACACUCUUAAACAAAGCAUCUGUGAUGGUUUUUCUUGGGAAACCACAGUGCUGCUCAUUGAUUGUUGUCUCUUUCCCAUAGUCCUCGGUGUCCAGCCUCACAUAUAACUCACUGUAAGCCUUUUCCUUUGUGUAUGCUUGUCUCCCAAUUCUACUGUCUAUUUUCUUCAUCUCCCUGACGAGCCCACGUUUUCUUUGCUAAACUAUUCCUUUAAAUACUUUCCUGUCCUCCUUCAUUUCACCAUCAAGUCUCCUUGUCCUCUUGACUCUGUUCAGAGGAAACACCAAACAGCUAGUGCUGAACUUUUCCUAGUGAAAUGUCUUCUCUACUACGCAGUGCCACGUAAUCCUUGCCUCUGCCUUCAUUUAAUUCCUCUUCUUAACAUUCUCCCCUGACACCACCUUGGGUCUUCUAUCCUUUCUGGAUUGCUCCCUCUGUGUAAGAUGUAGUCCACCUCUGUGCACCUCUGUUCUCUUGAACCAGUGCGAGUAGGGCACUUGGUGGCUCCACCAUGGCUUGUUCUGCCAGGUAAAGGUACAAUUUUUGUAUUUUUCAUGGAGAAAAAGAUGUUAAAGUGCAAUAGCUUUACUUUCAGAGAUGGAAAUGAUUUGAUUUGGCGCUAUAUAAAUUAAACGGAAUUGAAUUAAACUAAGAUUAAAUAAUUUCAAAAUGUAAAGUUUGUUUUUCCAAAACAUGAGGAAAAAUAUUAAAUGAAUUCUAAGCUGCUACAUGUCACAGCAUGUCAUGCUUGCAUGCAAAGCAUAGUCUGCAUCUCAUAACAGCUUUUUGUUGCUCUAUCGCGAUAUUUCUCUGGCACUUCGCCUUUACUGAUCUCUAUUUUUAAGGAUGGAUUUAAACAACAUGCUGCCAAGAGCAGUUGCAGUUCAGCCUCAUUUCCUGUGGGAGGUGCUUGAGAGCAGAGAUCUGUUCCCUUCAGAGAACAGAGUUUGUUUCUGUUCGGACAAAGUGAAACUAAACGAGAGUCACUGAGAGAGUGAAAUGGCACAGCACAAAAAUCUAAUGGACAAGGAAAAAUUCUGCUGUUCAAUCUGCUUGGAUUUACUGACGGAUCCAGCGACUAUUCCCUGUGGACACAGCUACUGCAUGAACUGCAUUAAAACUCAAUGGGAUUCGGAGGAUACAAAGCAAAUCCACAGCUGCCCCCAGUGUAGGCAGACUUUCACACCAAGGCCUGCGCUGGUGAAGAGCACCAUGUUAGCAGAUUUAGUGGAUGAGCUGAAGAAGAUUGGGCUCCAAGCUGCUCCUUCUGAUCACAGUUAUGCUGAACCUGAAGAUGUGGCCUGUGAUUUCUGCACUGGAGUAAAACUGAAAGCCAUCAAGUCUUGUUUAGUCUGUCUGGCGUCUUACUGUGAGAAACACCUCCAGCCGCACUAUGAUUCACUUACAUUCAAGAAACACAAGCUGGUGGAGCCCUCCAAGAAGCUCCAGGACAACAUCUGCUCUCGUCAUGAUGAGGUGAUGAAGAUUUAUUGCCGUACUGAUCAUCAGAGUAUCUGUUAUCUCUGCUCAAUGGAUGAACAUAAAGGCCACAACACGAUCUCAGCUGCAGCAGAAAGGACUGAGAGGCAGAAGGAGCUCGAGGUGAGUCAAGAAAAUAUCCAGCAGAGAAUCCAGGACAAAGAAAAAGAUGUGAAACUCCUUCAACACGAGGUGGAGGCCAUCAGUCGGUCUGCUGAUAAAGCAGUGGAGGAAAGUGAGAAGAUCUUCACUGAGCUGAUCUGCCUCAUCCAGAAAAGCUGCUCUGAUGUGAAGCAGCAGAUCAGAUCCCAGCAGGAAACUGAAGUGAGUCGAGUCAAAGAGCUUCAGGAGAAGCUGGAGAUGGAGAUCACUGAGCUGAAGAGGAAAGACACUGAGCUGAAAGAGCUCUUAAACACAGAGGAUCACAACCAAUUUCUACAAAAUUAUCUCUCACUGUCAGCACUCACUGAGUCAACAGAAUCAUCCAGCAUCAAUAUGCGUCCUCUGGGGUACUUUGAAGUUGUGACAACAGCUGUGGCAGAGGUCAGAGAUAAACUGCAGCACAUUCUGAGAGAGAAAUGCACAGACAUCUCACUGAUAGUCACUGAAGUGGAUGUUUUACUCUCAGAUCCACAAGCAGAGCCAAAGACCAGAGCUGGAUUCUUAAAAUUAUCACGUGAAAUGACACUGGAUCCAAACACAGCAAACACAUGGCUGCUGUUAUCAGAGAGGAACAGAAAAACGACAGCAAUGAAUAAUCAACAGCCCUAUUCUGAUCAUCCAGACAGAUUCACUGAUUACUGGCAGGUUCUGAGCACAGAUAGACUGACUGGACGUUGUUACUGGGAAGUUGAGUGGAGAGGAGGAGUUCAUGUAGCAGUUGCAUACAAGAAUAUCAACAGAGUGGGGAUGGGGAAUGAAUGUGGAUUUGGAGGUAAUGCAAGAUCUUGGGCAUUGAAAUGUUCCCAAAACAGUUAUACAUUCUGGCACAACAACAUCCAAACCCUCAUCUCAGGUCCACAGUCCUCCAGGAUAGGAGUGUACCUGGACCACAGUGCAGGUAUUCUGUCUUUCUACAGCAUCUCUGAAACCAUGACCCUCCUCCACAGAGUGCAGACCACAUUCACUCAGCCGCUCCAUGCUGGACUUCGACUUAAUGGUUGGUUUGUUUUUGGAGCAAGUGCCAAGUUCUGUAAACUCAAACAUUUAUAGUCUUUCAUAUCCAUGUGGGUUUAAAUCUGGAUUCAAAAUACAUUGAUAAAAAUUCAUAUUCAUAUUGAUGGCUUUAUAUGUUUUUGUCUUUCACUUUAUGAUGUUAACUUAAUGAAGAAAUCAGAAGCGCUCCCUCAUUACAGAUUUUGCUCUCAUUAAUUUGUACAUGUGCGAAGAAAUCUAUGACACAUUUGCAUGUAUCUGUAGGGCAAACUGAGUGUUUUUAUUGUUGUUUUCUAAAUUGACAAACAAAAUUUAAAACUUAUAAUUAUUGAAUAGAUCAUUUGUUGUAUGUAAUGUGUGAAAAUAAAUGUUUU